CAGCCACAAUGAGAGGAAAGUGACAUGUAAACACCCAGUAACAGGACUGCCCUCCCAGGACAACUGCAUCUUCGUGGUCAACGAUCAGACUCCCUCUACCAUGACCUCUCAGGAAACAAAGGACCGAGCUGUCAGCGUAACCAGUGACAAUUCUAAUUGCAACGCUCCAACCACUUCAGGCAACCCCGCCAGCCCCAUUAGCCGGUCCUCUAGAUCUGCUGGAAAAGUCCACAAUUUUGGGAAACGUUCAAAUUCUAUAAAGAGGAAACCCCAAUGCCCCGGUGAUUAUGCGUGGCUGGCUUUACAAGAAGGCAAAUUCUGGGAUGAAAUUGUGGAAGAAGCGCUGGUUUGUUCUGUCAGACUUGUGUCUGUUUUAUUAUCGAGAUGAGAAGGAAGAGGGUGUCCUGGGGAGUAUUCUGCUUCCAAGUUUCCAGAUAUCUAUGGUUAUCCCAGAGGACCAUAUAAACCGCUCAUAUGCCUUCAAGGCGACACACUCCAACAUGCGAACGUAUUACUUCUGCUCUGACACCAGCAAGGAGAUGGAGCUGUGGAUGAGGGCGAUGAUUGGGGCGUCACUUGUACACUCAGAGCCCAUCAAACGGGAGAAUGUAGCAAAACAAGAGCACGUGGCCACCCAGGAAAUAAACCACGUGGCCAAUCACAGGCUGUUAAUUCGGCCCGAAGCCAAUAAUAACCAGCGAAAUAAAGAAAUUACUUGCAAAGUGGAGGAGAAAGCUGCUUGGGAGGCAGAGAAAUAUGGCUUUCAGAAAGAAGGACAAGAUCGGCCUCUAACUAAAAUCAACAGCGUGAAACUGCAGUCCUGUAUUUCUGACUAUGACAUUCUGGCAACAAACAUAGGGCACUACAAGAGUGUUCACAUAAAUGGACCUGACAACAGAGUCCUAGAUUGUCAAGGCCAUGUCACUGAGACUGAUUCCCACCUGAACCACAGACCAUACUUGCCUCAUGGGGAGCCCAAUAAAAUAAUCCAGAGGACCAACUCCAUGCAACAGUUGGAACAAUGGAUCCGGACCCAGAGAGAGAAAGGCCCCGAGGAUGACACCAGGAGUCUUGUCAUAUCAGACGUUGCCCAGAAAUAUGCCGAGUUAUCGGGCUCAGGUUGUUCCACGCUAUCCGGAAGGCUAUAAGACAUUGCCACGCAAUCUGAAGACACGGCCAGAAAGUGUGUGUAGCACAGCUGGGAUGGGAUAUGACCGAACGAUGGUUCCUGUAAGCGCCACAACUGAUGAGAAGAGGAGGUCUAUACGUGAUGAUACAAUGUGGCAACUGUAUGAAUGGCAGCAAAGACAAUUUUAUAAUAAGCAGACAACUCUACGGAGGCACUCUUCUCUGACCAGCCCAAAAACCAUGGUUCAUAUAUCCGACCAGACCCUGCACUCCAUUCCCAUGUCCCCGUCGCAUGGCUCUAUCUCUGGUUAUCACACGUAUUCUCCACACCGGGCCUACAGGUCAGAAGUAUCUUCACCAGUUCAGCGUGGAGACCUGACAAUAGACCGCAGACCCAAAGCUCAGACCAGCAAGCUGGGCCUCGUUCCUGACAGAAGGUCAGUGCCAGCGGGAUUGGCUCUUCAACCCGUAACACCGCAGGGUCUGCAAGGCAAAACUCCAGAGGAGCUGACACUCUUGCUCAUCAAACUACGAAGGCAACAGGCAGAGCUGAGCAGUAUCCGGGAACACACACUGACACAGUUGCUGCACCUAAAGCAGGCGUGUAGCCCUCAGAACGAGAUUCUCUCACAUCAUCUUCAAAGGAACCUCAUCUACGUGGAUCACCAGAUGAAAGACAAUGACCCGUUAAUCAGCAUGGUUCCACCAUGAUUGAGAACUCUGCGCUUAGACCACAACUGUACCAGCAAAUGACUCAGGACGAGUGCCGGCCUUCAGCUUAUAAACACCGCUCCGAGGAGGCCGAUGUGGAUGCCAAGCUGAGCCGACUAUGUGAGCAGGACAAAGUGGUCCAGGCUCUGGAACAGAAACUGCAGCAGUUACAUAAAGAGAAGUAUACCCUGGAACAAGCUCUGCUGUCCGCCAGCCAGGAGAUAGAGAUGAACGCCGAUAAUCCAACAGCUGUUCAGAAUGUGGUGAUACAGAGAGACGAGCUUCAGAAUGGGCUGCUCAGCACAUGUCGAGAAGUGUCUCGGGCCACCACGGAGCUGGAACGAGCUUGGAGAGAUUACGACAAGUUAGAGCGUGAAGUCACCACUGCAAGAAACCAGCUGAGAGAACGCUUGGAACGUCUCGGGGAGGUCCAGACAGAGACGGCUGGCAUACAGAGGGCACAGAUGCAGAAAGAGAUCUGGAGGAUCCAAGAUGUGAUGGAGGGAUUGAGCAAACAUAAGCAGCAGAGAUCAGCAGAUGCUUCUGACUCAAACUUAUUUUCUUCAGGGAAGAGUACCAGUGAGGAAGAGGAGCUUGUCCCACCGCGUCCUCCGCUCCCUCGGUCCUAUGACUUUACCGAUCCAGCUCCUAUUCUUCCCCCUAUACCCAGUGAUAGCAGCUCGUCCUUGCUGUGUUACAGCCGGGGCCCAGUUCACCUCCCUGAUGACAAGACCUCUCAUCAUAUCCAGGUUAAUCAAAGAAAUGGAUCCUAUUGUGGACCGGAUUACAGACUGUACAAGAGUGAACCUGAGCUGACCACGGUGGCUGAAGUGGAUGAGUCAAAUGGUGAUGACAAGACGGACUUCACUCUGGACAUGGAAAAUACAACUAACAAAGGUUCACACUUUCCAAUCGGUGUUGUUCCUCCAAGAACAAAAUCUCCUCCACUUGAAUCCACUACAAUAGCAUCUUAUGUCACCUUACGAAAGACUAAGAAACCAGAGGCAAAAUCGGAGAGGCCACGUAGUGCCGUGGAACAUCUUUGUGUUAUGGAAACCCCCCGACCCCGGAUGACACUGGAGGAACAGCUGGAGAGGAUGCGCAGACAUCAGGCCGCUUGUUUGAAAGAAAAGAAAAAAGGGUUUGCCUUUCUAGGGUCCACUGAGCCCUCUCCUUCACAGAGUCCUGCCUUCUCCAGGGAAAACUCUAUAAAACUGACCCAGGUGCGGAGAAAAGAGGAGAACACAGUUAGUGAUCUUAAGGACAAACAGGAAGCUGAGCGAGAGGACAGCACACAAUCACUACAUCCAGAAAUCAUCAAAGCAGCAGCUGGAGCUGAAGAGCCUCCUGCGAUCAGUGAGAACGAGCAGCCUUCACGUUCCUCUACUGCUUCCUCUCCAUCUGACGCCAAAGAAGAAGUGACAGAAGAAGCAGCCAAUGCAGAUUCAGUACCUGAGCCCCAGGAACAAUGUUUACAGGUUGUGACAUCUGUCCUGACAUAUACAGAGAGUGAGGAGAAGCCAAGGGACCAGGAGCACAGUGGGAUUCUCUUUGCCUAUGAGUUUUCGGCUGACACCCUGAGAAGACAUACAGCCCUAGAGGCUGGGAACCUGACUCCCCUAUCAGAGCCAACACUACCGGUGACAGCAAAGCAGCCACAGCUGACCGAAGGAUCCCAUUUCAUGUGUGUUUAG